AUGAUGUGGCUGUUUUUAGCAACAACCUAUUUGAUUUGUGGAACUUUAAAUGGUGAUGGAUUCUUUCAGUUGGAAAAGGAAGUGAAUCCUGAAGUAUGGAUGAAUAUUAGUGAAAUAAUCACUUAUAACGGCUACCCCAGUGAGGAGUAUGAUGUUACCACUGAAGAUGGGUACAUCCUCAGCAUCAAUAGAAUUCCCCAUGGGCGAAAAGAUUCUAGGAAAACAGGACCCCGGCCUGUUGUAUACCUCCAGCAUGCCCUGUUUGCAGACAAUGCCUCUUGGCUUGAGAAUUUUGCCAAUGGCAGCCUUGGAUUCCUUCUAGCAGAUGCAGGCUAUGAUGUAUGGAUGGGAAACAGUCGGGGAAACACUUGGUCAAGAAGACACAAAACACUCUCAGUGACUGAAGAUGAAUUCUGGGCCUUUAGUUUUGAUGAAAUGGCCAAAUAUGACCUCCCAGGAAUAAUAAACUUCAUUGUAAAUAAAACUGGCCAGGAGAAGUUGUAUUUCAUUGGACAUUCACUUGGUACUACAAUAGGGUUUGCAGCCUUUUCCACUAUGCCUGAACUGGAACAAAGAAUCAAAAUGAAUUUCGCCUUGGGUCCUAUGUUCUCAUUCAAAUAUCCCACAGGCAUUUUUACCAGUCUUUUUCUAAUUCCAAAUUCCUUAGUCAAGGUUUUUUUUGGCACUAAAGGUUUAUUUUUACAAGAAAAGAUAGGGAAGAUGCCUUCUAUCAAACUCUGCGACAGUAAAAUACUCUGGAUGAUAUGUAGAGAAUUUAUGUCCUUAUGGGCUGGAUCCAACAUAAGAAAUAUGAAUGCGAGUCGCAUGGAUGUGUAUUUGUCCCAUGCUCCCACUGGAUCAUCAGUACAGAACCUCCUGCACAUAAAGCAGUUGUACCGAGCUGAUGAAUUCAGAGCUUAUGAUUGGGGAAGUGAAGCUGAGAACAUGCUUCACUACAACCAGAGUCGUCCUCCACUGUAUGACUUAACUACCAUGAAAGUGCCUACUGCUAUCUGGGCUGGUGGACAUGAUGUACUUGUAACACCCAAGGAUGUGGACAGGAUACUCCCUCAAAUCAGAAAUCUCAGUUACUUCAAACUAUUGCCAGAUUGGAACCACUUUGAUUUCAUCUGGGGCCUUGACGCCAGUCAACGGGUAUACAGUAAAAUCAUAGCUUUGAUGAAGGAAUAUCCCUAA